UGGAACGACGAUGGUGGUCGGAGGAGUAGCAGAGGAGCAGUAUGGAAAGGCGAAAACGUCGGUUUGGUGGGACAUAGAGAAUUGCGCGGUUCCGAAAUACUGCGACCCAAAUGCGAUCGCACAGAAAAUAAACUCUGCAUUGAUCGACAUGAACUACUCCGGUCCCGUCACCAUCUCAGCUUACGGCGAUACUCAUGGUAUCCCUGUCAACGUCCAACAUGCUCUCUCCAGCACCGGAAUCGCUCUCAAUCACGUCCCCGCCGGUGUUAAAGAUGCUAGUGACAAGAAGAUUCUUGUGGAUAUGCUGUUUUGGGCAGUGGAUAAUCCUACUCCAGCAAAUUUUCUGCUGAUUUCCGGUGAUCGUGACUUCUCCAAUGCACUCCAUCAGUUGCGUAUGAGGAGAUAUAAUAUUCUUCUUGCAAAACCACCAAAUGCAUCUGCCCCGCUUGCUGCUGCAGCAAAACAUGUCUGGCAUUGGACAAGUCUGGCUGGAGGGCCUCAGCUUUCAAAUGGUGAAUCAUUGGAGCAUGCUAGCAGUAAUGGUUUAACCAACUCUGAGAAUUUGCGAAGACCAACAGCUAACCCUGGAUGUAUAAACCACUCUGUUGAUCCUAUUUCUGAAAGCUCAACAUCUGGAAGUAAAAAAUUCUUCACCGCUACAAGGAUUGGUGAUAAUAAACAUAAAGGGUUACAUAUUCGGAAGAUACAAAUUCGCAAAAAUCAAAGACAACCCAACAUAUCAAGAACUUCAAGUGUGUCGGAUGGGCUUCCACAGGGUCAAACCAGCGGUAGCCACCAAAGCUGCCGCCCAGCAGCCGCUGCAGUCACUCAACAACAGCAGUCGUAG